AUGUCAAGCCUCAUCGACUCUUACUUCAAAUCUCAUCUCGGACUCACACCAGAAGAAGCUGAACGUCUCCACAAAGAUUACUAUCAACAAUACGGUCAAGCAAUUGAAGGUCUCGUGCGCGAUUAUCAGAUUGAUGCUCUGGACUACAACGCCAAAGUCGAUGACGCGCUUCCCCUCGACGACCUCAUCAAACCCAACCCUCAACUACGACAAUUUCUUGAAGACAUUGAUACAUCAAAAGUCAGACUCUGGCUUUUGACCAACGCGUAUGUCAAUCAUGGAAAAAAAGUCGUUAGGUUGUUGGGCGUGGAUGAUUUAUUCGAGGGUUUGACGUACUGCGAUUAUACCCAGGUGCCGUUUGUUUGCAAACCGCAGAAGGAAAUGUUUAUGAAAGCCAUGAGAGAAGCAGGAGUUUCUGAUACUUCCAAGUGUUAUUUGAUUGAUGAUUCUCACAAGAAUUGUGUUGGAGCUCAAAAAGCUGGUUGGAUGGCUAUUCAUUAUGUAGAAGAGGGGUUCCCUUUGCCUGAUACACCUGCAUCACAGCAUCAGGUUCGUAGUCUUGAGGAGUUGCGAUCGCUUUAUCCUGAGUUUUUCAAGGAUGGGUAG